AUUGACAGCUGUCAAACACCUCUUGUUUUGUGUUUGUCAGUAUACGAUUUCCAACGAUUUGUUUGGUGAUAUCAUAAAUCUCUGGCGCAAUUAUCGCUCCGCCGAGGAAAAGGAACACAACAUUCAUCACCCAACACCACGUUUCGAAAAAAAUUACCUUUGACAUUGGUUGUCCGUCAACAAAAUGAUUGAAAUCACCUGUAAUGAUCGACUCGGCAAAAAGGUUCGAGUGAAAUGCAAUCCGGAAGAUACCAUUGGCGAUCUAAAGAAACUCAUAGCUGCCCAGACCGGAACGAAAUACGAUAAAAUUAUAUUGAAGAAAUGGUACACAAUCUUUAAGGAUCAAAUCAAGCUGUGUGAUUACGAAAUCCACGACGGAAUGAACCUAGAACUGUACUAUCAAUAAGCCAACAA